AUAUAAACAUAGCCGUCACCUAGUUUUUGGCAAUAAAAAGAACCCUCUGUUUCUCUCUGCCUCUUCACUCACAUUUCCACAUUAACCACUAAAAAUGAGUGGUUUUAGCUUAAGAGGCUUCACAUACAUGUUACUCAUUGCAUUUCUCAUCUGGUCUUCCAAUUUUGAGUGCUGCAUUGCAAGAAGAGGUAAGCAUUUGAGACAAAGUAGAACUUUCUCAUCCUCUUUGUUUAAGAAGAAAGGUAAGAGUUAUAAUGGAAAUAGUCAUAAUAAAAAUCACCAUAGUGGAGGAUCAAAUUCAAAACCAAAGUCUCCACCACAUAAAAGUACUCCACCAUUACCAAAAUCUCCUCCAUCACAUAAAAGUGUUCCAUCUUCUCCACCAAUUUCUAAACCAAAAUACUCUCCUUCAAUUCCACCACCUAAAGCUAACAAUGGUGUGCAUUCAACUUUCUUCAAUGUGCUAGAUUAUGGAGCUAAAGGAGAUGGUAACACCGAUGACACAAAGGCAUUCCAAGCAACAUGGGCAGCUACAUGUAAAGUAGAAGCAUCAACAAUGGUGAUUCCAGCAAAUUACAUCUUCUACGUGGGACCAAUUUCAUUCUCUGGCCCAUAUUGUAAGGCCAACAUUGUUUUUCAGCUUGAUGGUACAAUUAUUGCUCCAACAAACCCAAAUGCUUGGAGUGGAGUAACACUACAGUGGCUGGAAUUCACAAAACUAGAAGGAAUUACCAUUCAAGGAAAUGGUGUCAUUGAUGGAAGAGGCUCAGUUUGGUGGCAAGAUUUCCCAUAUGACAAUCCAAUUGAUGAUGAAGAAAAGCUUAUAGUUCCUUUAAAUCAAACUCAGAAGCCUCCAAUGCCGGUACAAAAUGAGAUGGGAAGAAAAAUGCCAAGCAACAAGCCAACGGCACUAAGGUUUUAUGGUAGCUAUGGUCCAACUGUCACGGGUAUAACAAUUCAGAAUAGUCCUCAGUGUCAUCUAAAGUUUGACAAUUGCAAUGGGGUCCUUGUUCAUGAUGUGAGUAUUUCAUCUCCUGGUGAUAGCCCUAAUACCGAUGGAAUUCACCUUCAGAAUUCCAAAGAUGUGUUGAUUCACAGCAGCAAGUUAGCAUGUGGAGAUGAUUGCAUUUCUAUACAAACUGGAUGCUCAAAUGUAUAUGUACACAAUGUCAACUGUGGUCCGGGACAUGGAAUCAGCAUUGGAAGUUUAGGAAAAGAUAACACCAGAGCCUGUGUCUCAAACAUUACUGUCAGAGAUGUCAACAUACACGACUCAAUGAAUGGUGUUAGAAUCAAAACAUGGCAGGGUGGAUCUGGUUCAGUACAGGGAGUAUUAUUCUCAAACAUACAAGUUUCAGAAGUUCAACUUCCAAUUGUAAUAGACCAAUUCUAUUGUGAUAAAAGGGUAUGCACAAAUCACACAUCAGCAGUGUCUCUAGCAGGAAUCAACUACGAAAGAAUAAAAGGAACAUACACAGUUAAACCAGUACACUUUGCUUGCAGUGAUAGCCUGCCAUGUGUAGAUGUUUCUUUAACCACUGUUGAGUUAAAACCAAUUCAAGAAAAAUAUCAUCUAUAUGAUCCAUUUUGCUGGCAGACUUUUGGUGAAUUAAGAACUCCAACUGUCCCACCAAUUGGUUGUUUACAGAUUGGGAAACCGUCGAAUAAUCGAAUUCAAACUGAUCACGAUAUAUGUUGAAUCGUUGAUGUGGCGUAUGUUUGGACCUGCAGUGAAAAUUUCUUCUCGCGUCCGAAGGCAAUCUUGCCCACAACCAACCUAUAAAACUAAAGUUCCACGUCGAUGUGGUUUUCCUAAACACACUGCAUGACGGAACAAAGGCCUAAAUUCAUAUGGUUGUUGAUGUUGCUAUUAUUCGAAAAAAGGCAAGUCUCACAUCAACGAAGAUAUGCUAUUAAUUAUAGGUAGAAUGUAUAUUCCAGAGUCCUAGUUCUAUAGGGAAUUUUAAAUUUUAUUAAUGAGAAUGUUAUUAUAUACUAUAUUAUAAUUAUCAGCCCUACUUUAUGCAAGAGGCUAAGAGUAUAUCUUUUAUUUGUGAUAAAAUGUAGCCUUGCAGCUAAAAUUGUCAUUGUGUGUGAUAUAUUAUUUAUUACAGAAGUGCUA